AUGGCGACCUCACCCACCAUCGACCAGUCCUCCGGCAAGCCCGCCGACUCGCAAGCUGAGCCGCGCCGCACCAGCUUCUCCUUCCUGCGCCGUCAGAAGUCCAACAACGGUCUUGCCGGCCGAAGCACAUCGGGCAGCAAGAUGAGCAAGAAACAGAAGGCGCUGGCGCAGGAAGAGCUCCUGCGGCAGCAGCGCGAGGCCGCUGCGCUUCCCAAGCAGCCGCCGCAGCUUCCGUCGCCGCCGCCGCUGCCCACCAUCAACACCUUCGGCGGCGAGAACGCUCGCGACUCCUACCAGCUCGUCUCGCACGCUGCUCGCGGACACCACCAGCAGGGCCCGCCACCUGUCACCAGACCCUCCAUGGACUACAAGACGCCCACCUCACCGCAGGCUUCCGCGCCCUUCCCUCCCAUCCCCGGUAGCCCCGCCAACCCCAAUGCUGGCGAGUAUGUCGAUCCGUACGCCCGCACCGAGAGCAUGACCCACCGCGGCCGCUACAGCUACGCGAGCACCGCCGUCAGCACCGUCAACAGCCCGCGCCGCGUGCGCAGGAGGAAGGAUCCCACGCCGUUCAACAUUCUUGUCAUUGGCGCGAAGAGCGCCGGCAAGACAUCCUUCAUCAACUUUCUUCAGACCUCGCUUAGCAUGCCCAAGCAUAAGCGCGUGCAGACCCCGCCGCCGCAGCCUCCGAACGAUCCGGACUCACCUUUCACCUCACAGUACCUGGAGACUGAAAUUGAGAAUGAACGCAUCGGCGUGACGCUCUGGGAUUCGCAGGGUCUUGAGAAAAACGUCGUCGAUCUCCAGCUUCGUGAGAUGGCCUCGUUCAUCGAGUCCAAGUUCGAGGAGACCUUUUCCGAGGAGCAGAAAGUCGUUCGCUCCGCCGGCGUGCGCGACACCCAUAUCCACUGCGUCUUCUUGUUGCUGGACCCUAUGCGCUUAGAGGCCACUGCUUCCACUAUCCGUGGUACGACUCCGGGCAAGUUCGCCGUGAAACCCGGCGUAGUGGGUAGUCUCGACGACGACUUUGACCUCCAGGUCCUGCGGACCCUUCAAGACAAGACUGCCGUUGUUCCUGUGAUCAGCAAGGCCGACUCCAUCACGGCAGCUCAUAUGGCGCAUCUCAAAAAGUCAGUGUGGAACAGUUUGAAGCAGGCCAGGCUUGAUCCCUUGGAGGCUCUCAGUUUCCCGGACUCGGAUGAGGAAUCGGCGUUCGAUGAGCGUGAGGAAGACGAGCUCGAUGACUCCGACGAGGAGAGAGAGGAAAAGCCGGCGGACAUUGGUGACAGCAUGGAAAAAUCGGACUCGAAUGGAUCUGACGACGAGUCAUCAACCUCAGCAUCCUCUCCACCACCCAAGUCUCCUGCAGGAGAUGUCAAGAAACACGCUCGCAGGGUCUCCACCAUGUCUGCCCAAAUUGAGGACGAGGAGGAACCCCUACUCCCUCUCAGCAUCAUUUCUCCUGACAUGUACGAGCCGAACGUCAUUGGUCGCCGCUUCCCAUGGGGAUUUGCCGAUCCGAUGAACGCCGAGCACUGCGACUUUGUGCGUCUGAAGGAGAGCGUAUUCAGUGAAUGGCGCGCUGAGCUUCGUGAGGCAAGCCGGGAGAGGUGGUACGAGGGCUGGAGGACGAGCAGAUUGAAGAAGCGUGCAGGCGGCGCCACCACCCCGAGACGCAGCACAGACAACUACGGCGGCAGCCCCUCUCUCGGAAACGGCAUCGGAAGCCCCGUCAACCAGGCAUCUUCGUACAAGCCAAUGGCUGCAUACUAA